GCAUUAAUGAAUGUGCAGAAAAGCCCCUCUCAGCAGCAGCAUCACAGCACACGGAGCUUCAGAGCCGCCCCCUCCCUCACGUUAGGCACUGUAACUCCAGCACAAAGAGCUGCAUCAUUUCCAUGCAUGGAGCACAGGAUCCCACAUCUCCCACAGACGUCAGCAGUGUAUGCUGAGCCCUAGCCCACCUCUCACCCACACACAGAUGGGAGUAAGGGGGCAGGAUCCCUGGGACAAGUCUGGGAAUGGGGAUGAGCUGGGGAUAUUUAGGGCUGUAAUGGGUUUGGAAUUAUCAUUGCUAGGGAAGCUGCAGGCAGGUGAGCAGUAAUACAGCAGCAGCUUCUGCUUCUCAAUCCAAGCAUCGCUGAGGCGGGGAGGACCUUCAACUGGGGCUGGUGGUACCUUCCCUAGCUGCUUAUAAACAUGUGCCCAGGAGUCUAUUGAGAUCUGUACUCCCUACAGUGCACCCAGCCUCUUCUUUGUAGGGGGUCUGGUCUUCAUUCUGAUCCCUCCCUCAUUUCAUAUUAAUUUGACUCUCGGAGUGCCUUGAUCCACACAGCUGCUGUAUCAGCGAGGAGACUAUGGGCUGUGGGGGGAGCAGGGCUGAUGCCAUUGAGCCCCGGUACUAUGAAAGCUGGACUAGAGAGACAGAGUCAACUUGGCUGACAAGUACGGACACAGAGAACCCCCAGGCUGGCUUGGGACACCCUGGUCAGGAGGACCAUGGCACUACAGAACCUGGAAUGCGAGACAAGAGAGGCUCUAUCCAUCAUGGUAUUUUGGAAGAUGGAAAAUCAACGCAAACGUGUGUAAACAUGACAUCUUCUGGCAAAGAUGGACUAAAGAAAACCAAUUCAGGGACUCAGUGUGGAAAACCAACAGUUUAUGCUGCAGGAACCAAGGGCCAGAAACAAAAGAGUUCAUGCCGGUCUCUGGAGCCAAAAAGGGAAAGCAAAAGAAUGUCCAAGAAAGAAGUCACCAUCAGUGUAUCCAAAAGCAUUAGACCCAUGGACAGCGAUGGACGCAUCACAGAAAACUGUGUUAAUUAGCUCUGAAUGUGAAACUUGGAGCGCCGGCCUACAAAGAAGAUGAGCACUUCAAUGAAGCACCCAGCGUCACAUGGAAGUUGGUCUCUUGAGUUUAUGAAA